UGCGGGGUGUGUUUUCAGAAGCGAGCUAAUAUAGAUUUGCAGCACACGAUCUGUACGUUUUUAUUGUAUAUAUAUAUAUACAUUUUAUAUAACAAUCAUGACAUCUACCAUUGAUGAUAGUGACAAAGAAAAGGCCCUCUCUGUGUCUGUGGACCUAAACAACUACACCUCUCUACUCAUCGACAUUCCUGAUGCACUCUGUGAACGAGACAAAGUCAAGUUCACUGUCCACACCAAGACCACCCUGAGCUCCUUUCAGAAGCCAGACUUCUCUGUUCCUAGGCAACAUGAGGACUUUAUCUGGCUCCAUGACGCUCUGGUUGAAACUGAAGACUAUGCUGGGCUCAUCAUCCCUCCAGCACCCCCGAAGCCAGACUUUGAGAGCCCCAGGGAGAAGAUGCAUAAACUGGGCGAGGGAGAAGCCACCAUGACCAAGGAGGAAUACACCAAGAUGAAGCAGGAGUUAGAGGCUGAGUACCUGGCUGUUUUCAAGAAGACUGUUCAAGUCCACGAAGUAUUUCUGCAGCGUCUAUCUUCUCACCCCAUCCUGAGCAAGGACAGAAACUUCCAGAUAUUCCUGGAGUAUGACCAGGAUCUGAGCGUACGGAGGAAAAAUGCCAAGGAGACGUUUGGAAGUUUCUUUAAGAACAUGGUGAAGAGUGCUGAUGAGGUCAUCAUCUCGGGGAUAAAGGAAGUAGAUGAUUUCUUUGAGCAGGAGAAGACCUUCCUGCUUGAUUAUUCGUCCAAGAUCAAAGACUCCACUGCCAGGGCGGAGAAGAUGACCCGCUCCCACAAAAAUGUUGCUGAUGAUUACAUCCACAUCUCUUCUACUUUGAACAGUCUCUCUGUCGACGAUGACACAGCACUUAAAAAGCACUUUGAGAAGUUAUCUGACCUGUUUGAGAAACUCCGGAAAGUGGAGGGUAGAGUGGCGUCGGACCAGGAGCUGAAGCUCACAGAGCUACUACGGUACUACAUGAGGGACAUCCAGGCAGCCAAGGACCUGUUGUACAGACGGGCCAGGACCCUGGCAGACUAUGAGAACAGUAACAAGGCUCUGGACAAGGCCCGACUGAAAAGUAAAGCUGUUGCUGCAGCGGAGGAGCAGCAACAACACUGUCUGCAGAGGUUCAACAAGCUUUCUGAGUCGGGAAAAAGAGAGCUGACCAGUUUUAAGGGCAGGAGAGUGGUGGCUUUCCGGAAGAAUCUCAUCGAGAUGGCUGAACUGGAGAUUAAGCAUGCUAAGAACAACAUGUCUCUGCUGCAGGACUGCAUUGAGCUUUUCAAGAGCAGCUGAGCCACUGGUCUCUUACCAACCCUCCCAGACCACUGACCAGCUGGGCUUGGCGCCAGUCUGUUUCUGCACUCUUGCCGACUCCUCCUUAUGGAAUCGUCGUGCAAAACCAUGACUGGAGUAGGAAAAAUCACAAACUGGAUCUGGGACCAGGAUACUGACCAGCAGGCUUUGAGGAGGGAACCUGGAUACCCCUUCGCUCCACCCCACAUGUGUCAAACUCAUUCCACGAUGGAUUUUCGCUCUACCCUUGUACUAUAUUGAUGAAUUAAGGUCACUAGUUAGUAAAGAACUCCCCUCACCUGGAUGUCUAGGUCUUAAUCGAAAGGAAAAAAAUAAAACCCGCAGACGCUGGGCCCUCAGUGGAAUGAGUUUGACACCCUUCUACUCCUGUGGGAACCUGGAUACCCAAUGCCCUCUAUCCUCUUCCCCCAGGGGAACUUGGGUCGUGUUCAUUAGGUCACACAUUUGACAAACUUCCCUUUGCAGCGGGAAAACAAAAAUAAGCAUUUUUUUUUUUAUUGGACAAGAUUGGAUAGUUCCUCCCCAUUUCACUCACUUUUUCGGGGAGUUUCGUGCCUUGAACCCGAUCCUGGAUACACCCUUCCUCCAUCCCAAAAAAUGCCUCUUCAGAAACCUGCAUGUGUCUGUGUGACUGUUUUCUGCCUGGAUGUUUAGUCUCUGUCCACCUGCCCCUCUGCGUCUCCUUCUACCCACCUCCGUGUCCCAUGGAACACUCCCCCUUUAGUGAUCACAGCAUUCCAGAACAGGGAGAAUUCAGCACCAUCUUCUGACCUUUCUCCUCCCAUCUGUUUUUCAAUCGUGGGUUAUCUGAAUGAAUUGUAUUGUGGAUGGAUUACGCUUGUUCUUGUGUUGGAUUCUCCUAUUUUGUAACAAUGAUGGACUUUUUGCCAGAUGUUUAUAAUUGUUUUGGCACGUGCCUACUAACCCCGUUACUCUCCUCACCUGUACAUAUAAACAAAGACAGAAUUGAGGUUGAAUUUGGUCCGAGCAUAACAGUGAAACUUUGGCAGAGUGGAGUCAGCGUAGUCUGGUGUUUUAUUUAAUUUAAUGGUGCAUGCAUUUAGCUAGCUAUAAUGGAAUAGUUGGGUUUUCUCAUUGCAACGCCACUUUAAACCAUUCUCUAAUACCAGUCUGAAGAGUGACUGCUGAGCUCAGUUGAUGCCUCUCUGGUUUGUAAUGGAACAGUUUACAAGAUAGAAAAAAUGUUUUACAAUGGAAAACUUAAACAAUCGUUUCUUAUUGGACAAGUUCAGAUGGUCCCUCUUUUUUUUUUUUUUUUUUUUUUUUUUUGGUACCUUAGUGAAUAGGACCCAGAUGGGAACAACUGUUUACAAAGAGUAUAUAAAGUGGAUUGAAAGUGGGGGGGGGUACUAAUUUAGUGCCUAAAAUAAAGGUUAUUGUGACUGCGUCCCGAUUGUCCACCCUUCUGCCAAAGUCUGCAUUUGCACAGUCCCGUCAUGGAUUUAAAAGCAUUAGGUUGAUGUAAGCAUUGGCUGAAGGGAGUUUCCACCAUUUUGUUAAAUGGCUUGACGGUGGAGUCUGGAAAUGCUCACUUUGGGAGAAGGGUGGGGAAUUGGGACUUGGCCUAAUACUCACUUUUUCCAUUACCAUACUUUUGAGAUCAGGCUGGGUUGAACUGCCAAAUGAAGAGACAUGCUUCUUUUUCAUGAUUUAAGAAGUGUGUAUGGUAAUUUGUCCAACAGUGGUGGUACCACACAGAAAUGCUUUGGCUGUACCUCAGGAAUGGCAACAGGGCUCUUUCCGCGUAUUCGUCUACAUUACUGCCGGUAAUAACUGGAGCCAAGUAAAUUGUUUUUGUUUUGAGACUUACAUAUAUUUUUGACAAGUUUACUUCCACAUAAUAUGGACCAGUUGGUUUUAUUUUUUUCACUACAGACCUUGUCAGUGUCGGCACUGGUAGAUGUCAACGUUUACUGCCAUGAUACCAGUGCUACGUGAUACUGAAGUGAUCCAUCGGCCCGGUCUCGACUAGUGAGUGACUAGUGAGUGCCAGGCAGCUAUCGUUUCUGUGCUGAGUGAGUCAAUAUUCAGUGGACUAGGCUGAGACCUUUUGACACUGUCAGUGAAGUCCACCCAUAGUAGAGGACUGUAAUGCAGCUGGUUCUAGUUAACAUUUUAAGCAAUAGACUUACAUGGCCAUAUUGGCUAUUGGAGAGUAACUCUGGUCCCAGCACUUAUUCGGAGGUGUGUGUGUGUGUGUGUACUUCAGCGUCAGCUUGUAGCUGUUGUCUAUGUCCCAAUUAUUUCACAUGCUUCCCGAAGUGUGCACUUGUUCACUUCCCUUCAUGGAUUUUUAAAGGGACUGACUAGUGUAUGAAAAAUGGGGGAUACUCCCAUGCUUACGCCAAUGAUCCAAUGCUUUUAAUUGUGUGAAGAGGAUGAGUAGAAUGUUCCUGUGCACUUCAUUGAUAUCCUGCUGUGUUUACUAGUGUGGCUUCCUGUGCACUUCAUUGAUAUCCUGCUGUGUUUACUAGUGUGGCUUCCUGUGCACUUCAUUGAUAUCCUGCUGUGUUUACUAGUGUGGCUUCCUGUGCACUUCAUUGAUAUCCUGCUGUGUUUACUAGUGUGGCCUCCUGUGCACUUCAUUGAUAUCCUGCUGUGUUUACUAGUGUGGCUUCCUGUGCACUUCAUUGAUAUCCUGCUGUGUUUACUAGUGUGGCUUCCU